AUGGCGACAUCCACUGGUGUUCGAAAACCACAUUCCUCAUGUAAAAAAUUUUGUAAUAAAUUUCGUAGUGAUACAUCACCUGAUCCAUCGCGUUUAUCAAUUCGUAUAAAUGAUACAAAUACAUAUGAAAAUACACCAUCACCAUCAUCAGUUGCAUCGACAAGUACAAUUGAACAAUCAUUAAAAGAUCGUCAUCGGAUAUUAUCAUCAACUUUAAAAAAUGAUCUUUCACAUAUGCCGAAUAAACGUCGAUCUCGUUUUGAAAGACUUUUUCAUCAUACACAAUUAGUUAAUAAACAAUAUAUGAUUACAAUGACAAAUAUAUUAUAUAGAAUGCAGAGGGAAAUUCAUAAAUUAAAACGACGUACACAUCGUGUUGAACAUUCUGUUGUUAAAAAUACGAAACCUGCUCAACCAGUUAUUCGUAUUCCUCGUUUGACAAAAGAUCAACUUUCAACAAUUUAUAUCUAUGAUGCUGAAGAGGAGGAGGAAGAGGAGGAAAAAGUUUUAGAAGAGAAUGAAACUAUUCCGGAUAUUAAUAAUAAUAAUGAUGACAAUAAUAUAGAGCAUAUAAAAUCUAAAUCAACAAAAGCUCUUAAACGUUUAAAAAAUAAACAUAAAACUACUUCAAAAGAUUCGUUACCAUUACCGAAAAAAUUUGGGCCAUCUACUUGGGUAAAUAAUAGACAAAAACCUAUUGAUCCAACUAAAUAUUGUUCAAUAUGCAAUCAUGAAUAUUCAAGACGAUCAAAUUUCUUAGUACAUAUUAGAAAUAUUCAUAAAGGAAAAUUACCACCAUUAGUAGAUGAACAAGAUCAAUCUUUAUUGGAAAUGAAUGAAGAAAAUCAUGAGAAAAGUGAUCAUGAAGAUAGUAAUGAUCCUCAAGAUAAUAUAAUACGUGAUCAAUCAGUUGUUGUAUUUGAUGAUGAUACCGAACCAUUACAAACUUUAAAUAAACAAUGGAAUAUAGAUCAGGAUGAACAAAUAACAAAAAAAUCUUCAAAACGUAAUAAAGCUAAAUGUAAUAUUUGCAAUAAACGUUAUCGUACAGAUUAUCUUUCAGUAAGUUUUUAA